AUGGGAAUUCUUUCCAGGAGAACAGUGACAUAUUUACAAAAUAACGGGUUUGUUGAUGAGUCUGUUCAAAAGGCUGGAAUCCCCGGGAUCCCUGGAUGCGUUGAACAUUGUUUUUCGAUUUGGAAAGCGAUCCAGGAUGCAAAGCAGAAAAAGAGAAGUUUGAACGUGGUGUGGCUUGACCUAGCUAAUGCAUAUGGCUCAGUGCCACACGAGUUACUGAUAAGAGCCAUGGACCACUUCCACAUUCCAGACAAAGUGAUCAAAGUAAUGAGGAUGUACUAUGACAGUUUCGAAAUGAGGUUUACAGCAGGAAAUUUUACAACAGAUUGGCACCGAUUGGAGAUUGGCGUUGCUGCUGGCUGUACAAUAUCUGUCACGUGGUUUAUCUUAGUCAUGGAGUUGAUCUUGAAAGCGGUGGAUUUUUCGGUACAAAUCACCCAUGUACAAUCGCCUAAGAAAGCCUUCAUGGAUGACGUGACACUUUUAGCUACAGAUAAACAAGUCAUGCAGAAUGCCCUCUUGAGACUAGACGAACUUGUGAGGGGGUCUAGGAUGCGGUUUAGAGCAAAAAAGUCGCGUAUUCUGACAUUUGUUAAGGGAGUGCAGAAAGAAUUCAAGUUUCGAAUAGCUGAAGAAAGCAUUCCAACAGUCAAAGAAGAACCCGUCAAGAGCUUGGGGCGUGUAUACGCUGGAACAUUGUCAGAUAAAAGUCGCGGAAUGGAAAUCAAGAAACAAGCCGAGGCAGGAUUAUCAGCGAUUGAUAACUCGAAGUUACCAGGUAACUAUAAAAUUUGGUGCUUGCAGUUCGGUUUGUUCCCGCGACUUUCGUGGCUACUCUUAAUAUACGAGGUAGCCUUGUCACGAGUUCAAAUCAUUGAACAAAAAUGUAAUGUGUUCAUUAGAAAGUGGUUAGGCCUACCUCGAAUGUUGAACAGUUCAGCGCUUUAUCGUAAAAGAGGUUCGUUGCAGUUACCACUAGCAUCAAUAGUCGAAAUAUACAAACUGGGGAAGAUACGGACGGUGAUGAUGCUGAGAGAAUGGAAGGAUACGGAAAUCAGGCAGAACCCACCAGAGGUGCAAACAGCCAGGAAGUGGAAAGCAGAAGCAGAGACUGAUGACAGCUUGUCUUCUCUUAUACACAGAGAUAUGGUGGGUGCAACACGGAACCAUCGGAGAGGACUUGGUUUUGGCGCAAAUCAGUUCAGACCGUUUGCAGAUAUGACGCGGAGCGAACGCAGAUCUGUUGUUAGCAGCAGCGUCAAAACAAGAGAAGCAGAGAGAAGAGAGCUUCAUUUGAUCCGAUGUAGUCAACAAGGACAGAUAAAGAGAUGGGAAGAAACACGUUGUUGA